AUGUCAAAGCAAAUCACCGCGAACGAAGUCAAAGAACACAACACCGUCGAGAAAGGCCUCUACAUCAUCAUAGACAACGGCGUCUACCAGAUGGACGGCUUCGUAGAAGAGCACCCGGGCGGCGCCAAGAUUCUCAAGCGAGUCGGGGGAAAGGAUGCGAGCAAGCAGUUUUGGAAAGUGAGUCUCUCCCCUCAUUCACCAUCAUUGCACACAUGGCGUUGGAAGGAACAUUCUUUGCUGACUCCCUGCCCUCCUCCUUCUCCUUUCGCAGUACCACAACGAAAGCGUUCUCAAGAAAUACCAAGCGCGACUGAAGAUUGGAGACUUGAAAGAGGGUGCGAAGCUCUGA